GUUUGUUCUGCUGAUCGUGAAGCAUUCUUUCGUCAUGUUUUGGAAUUGAUCGUACCUAAAGUACCGGCAAAGGCUAAACUAUCAUUCAUCAAUGGUUUUAAACACCUUCAGAACCACGUAAAGUUUUCUUCAGAAUACUGUACUCGUGUCUUGUAUUUAUGCAUUGAUCUGGUUGAGGACCCUGAUUAUAAUGUCCGUUUCAAGUUCAGGUAUGGGCUAAAAACUUGCUUUCAAUGUAGAGUCAUUUAGUUAGAAUUUCAUCCCAGUUGCAUGUAAAAAGAAUGCUUCCAGUAAAUCCAGUUUGACUCUACAAAACAGCGCAGAUUUUCUCCGUGUUUUUUUUCUCUUCCAGCACCGGAAGAACAGUUAAUAAUAUUCGUUCUUUAUUUUCCUUCUAGUAAAUUGCUUCCUUGUCUCACAAAACAAGAUGUGAAUAGCACUAAAAUGGUCGUUACGAAAUUGAAAGAUGUCUUCAUGAAAGCAUCCGCCUUAAAGAAAUUCAGGCAUGAAAACGUUCUAUCCAGUAUAAAUAAAGUUAGUUUAGUUUAGGUUUCCUCCUGUAGUAACACUGGAUCAAUAAGAGAUGAUCCUUACUGGACCUCUAGGAAGAACAGUUUAGAACUGAUAGAACUAUCCAGUAUAAAUAAAGUUAGUUUAGUUUAGGUUUCCUCCAGAAGUAACACUGGAUCAAUAAGAGAUGACCCUUAUUGGACCUCUACUGAAGAACAGCUUAGAACUGAUAGAGCUAUCCAGUAUAAAUAAAGUUAGUUUAGUUUAGGUUUUCUCCUGUAGUAACACUGGAUCAAUAAGAGAUGAUCCUUACUGGACCUCUAGGGAGAACUGGUAUACAUUAGAACUGGUAUACAUUAGCUGUCCAUUUAGCUAGUGUAAAUCCAGAUAAUAAGUGUCGUGUUUCACUUUAGAUUGCAAGAGACGAUCGUUUAUACGAUUGGUGAACUUGGAAAGGAAGCAGAAGAUGAUUUACUGCUUGUGGUGAUUGUUAGUUUACUGGAAACUUUGUUGAGUAAAAAAAAGAUUAUUUCAUCUUUGGCUUUUACUCAGGUAAGAGACGACGCGGUGAUGAUGGUCGUUGAUGGUGCUGGUAGUGAUGGUGAUGAUCAUGAUGGUGAUGAUGGUGAUGGUGGUAAUGAUGAUGAUGGUGAUGAUGAUGGUGUUGGUGAUGAUGAUGGUGAUGAUGAUGGUGGUGAUAAUGAUGAUGAUAGUGAUGGUGACAAAAUUCUUUGUUCUAUUACAUGGUACAUAAGAUCCUGUCUGGUACAGUUACGAUUUGUUAGAUAGACCUAUUACAGACCACCCACCGGGGUACUAAUAAUAUAUAUUCAUGUUUCAUUAGAUUCGUGCUGUAGCUAAGCACAAAAAGAAAUCGUUACAAGAAAUGUUUGGAGAUUUAAAACUUCACAUUUGCAAAUUCAUGGUGGACACUGUCAUAAAACAACAGCAAGGCUCGAUGAGUGAAGACAAUGAUUACUGCUUGGAAACUUUUACAACCGUCAGUAACGUGUUCCAUUUCAAAAGCAUCAAAGCUCUGAUGCAGGUUUGUGUCACUACGUCCUUCAUGUGUCAAUCAUCUUGCGUUGUAUUUUUUAUGGUACAGAGGUUGGUGCAUAUGUCUUUAAACCUCUGGAACCAUGGUUUCAUCCCCUCGAUGUCUUUAACCUCUGGAACCAUGGUUUCAUUCCCCCGAUGUCUGUAACCUCUGGAACCAGAGUUUCAUUCCCUCGAUGUCUUUAACCUCUGGAACCAGAGUUUCAUUCCCUCGAUUGGCUUGUUUGGUUUGUGAGAAGUGUGCUUCUUGUUUCACUCUACCAAACACCACAGGUUUUCUUCGGAUAGUUUGGUUUCCUCCUACGGUAACUCUGGAGCAAUAAGAAAUGGCUUUUGCUGGACCUCUAGGAGAACAGUUUAGCACUAAUAUAAUAAAACUACCCUUUUCCUUUUUUCAGAGCGCUCAAAGCAUUGUCAUUCCUCAGUUGGUACAAAAGGCUCUUCCUCAAUCGUCUACAAUUCUCCGUCAGUUGGCAACUCAUCUUAAAGUUAACUACAGGAAAGAUUUACUCUUGAUGAAUUUUAAUUUUAUUUUUUCGUACCUUGUUCGCACUUGUUCCGGGGAGGAACUCAAAGAAGCGCUGGCUUUUGUUGAGGUAUGUUUUAACAUAAGUAAACAUGGUACGGUACUAUCAAUAAUAUGGUUGGAUUCUCCUGUGUUUUGCUCACGAAUUAUUAAUGAGUUUGAGAAUGUUUUUUAAAGAUCAAACUGCAUUGGGUACAGUUAGAAAGUUUCGUGCUUAUUCUUUGUUUUCAAUUCUCCGACCUUUCCAGCGUGAAACAAAAGUGGACCUCGGUAGUCUGUUGAAAUCAGAUUCUCAAAGUGUCGUGAACCAACUUCUCUUGCAUCUGAAAUCGUCUUACAAUAAAGUCUUUACUGGACUGUCCAUCCUGGCCGAAAAAGCCGACACUGCCAUUACGGAUAUCCCGAAUUCCGAACAGAUGGUAAGUAGUUGCAACGAACGCUAAUGUAGGUCAAAACCAUGAGUAACUGGAUGGCAUGGAGAACAGUGGGAUUUUCAAAACAAUGAAAAGGUCUUAACUCUGUUUGGAUCGGAAUGUUCCACUGUGAAACCACCGUUCUCACAUGCGACUGGGGUAGAAUACACAGAAAAAAAUAUUUAUGGAUUUCCUCAUUGAUAAUAUAUAAAUGGUAAAUCUUUAAAUACCAUUAAAAAACCCAUUAAUGGAAAUUUAAUUUUUUUCCUGUGAUAAUGAUCAGACAGCUGCAUAUUGUAGGAAUUAAACCUCACAAUGACCAUUGUUUGUAGGCAGAAUUUCUUCAACCACGUCUUCUUGGCAUUCUGGCAUUCUUCAACACAGUUCUGCUGGACGACAAAAACGUGGAAGAGAAACAUCUCGCUCUUGGUUCGUUAGUGAAACUUAUGGAGCUCAUGGGAGCGAAAUAUAUCACUGUCGUUCGAGUUAAGAUUAUGGCCAUACUUAAACUUGCUCUGCAGUUUGAAUCAAAAGACCUGGGUGACCUAUGCUGCGAGGCAUGGGACUGCUUUGUUCGCUGUCUAGAUGUGACGUCACUUGGACAAAUGCUCGGUCAUAUUGUGGUCACUCUUAUACCGCUCAUUGAGCACUCAGUUGAGAAGGUAAAACGUUCAUUCAAACACAUCGCUCUCCCCACCGUCGAGUUAAGCCUGCUACUGUAGGUCGAGGGUAGGAUAUAUUAGAGAUUUAAGCAAGCAGAUUGACGGCUAUUCACACAAUGAUAUUCCUGAUCUCGUGGAAAAGAAAUGAAUAAUUAAAAGCCCCACCGGAGUUAGAGACGUAGAUUUUCCCGUCUCUUGUAUAAUACAAAUAUUUCAAACCGCGACAAAUGGUACUACAAAUUUGCCCAACAGAAAUGUUUUCAACCAAAAAACCUUUGUUUUAAUCUCCUCGAACUUUAGUACAAUACACAACAUUUUUUCUUCAAAUCCUAACGUACCCCUAAAGGUCCGUAUUACCACCAAAUCUAUGUUUAAUAACGGUGAAGCAAUCAAUGAAUCUUUGUUCAUUCAGGUGGCGAAUAUUUUCCGUUAUUUAAUCGUGGAGAGAAAAGAAGAUUUAAAAGAUAGUUUUAAGGAUAUUUAUUUCAUCCCAGAGUAUCCACAGUUCGAUGAUGUUAAAGUUGUAUACGAGGACGUUAUUCGGAGCAAGACAAACAAUGAGCUGAGGGAAGAGAUCAAUGAAGUAAUAAAAUGUGUUUCACAUGAAAGUGCUGACGUUCGUUAUCAUGCCGUGUCGAGAUUGAAAACACUUUUACAUGAUAAUCAGGUACAUUUAGAAACAUUUUGUACGUUGUAUUAAUAUUCUUAGAGUUGCGUUGUCCCUACUAGUUCAGUUAGAGCUGUUCCUUCUUGGUGAAGAGUUUAUUACAUCAGGAAACCUAAACUAAACUAACUUUAUUUAUGCUGGAUAGCUCUAUCAGUUCUAAACUGUUCUUCCUAGAGGUCUAGUAAGAGUCAUCUCUUAUUGAUCCAGUGUUACUACAGGAGGAAACCUAAACUAAACUAACUUUAUUUAUGCUGGAUAGCUCUAUCAGUUCUAAACUGUUCUUUCUAAACUAAACUAACCGUAUUACGCUUCACUUAUAAAGGGCGCACUACACGAGUAUAUUACGAAGAAAGACGAAGUGGAUCCCGUAAUUUGUAAUGUAAUUGACACGGUAAGUACGUUCUUGUACAUGUUCAUUCUGUGGUGAUGGUGGUGAUUAUGAUGAUGGUGAUGACGGUGGUGGUGAUGAUGGUGGUGAUGAUGAUGGUGAUGGUAGUGAUGAUGGUGAUGAUGGUGGUGGUGAUGGUGGUGAUGGUGGUGAUGAUGAUGGUGGUGAUGAUGAUGGUGGUGAUGAUGAUGAUGAUGAUGGUGAUGAUGAUGGUGGUGGUGAUGGUGACUUGGAUGAUUGUGGGUAUGAUGGUGAUUGUGUGAUGCUGGUGGUUAUGAUGAAAUUCAAGCUGAACUAACUCGCGUUAUUUUCAGUUAAUUGUCAGGUGUGGUGAAGCAAGUACUCAAGCGAAAGUGGGAGAAUGUCUGGGAGAGCUUGGAGCAGUAGAUCCUGGAUGGUACGUACAUGGUGCCUGACGUUUAUAGAGAGUUGAAUAGAUUUCCAUUUUAUAUCUGGUGUUUGUUUGCAGGCUUGGGAAACCAGAGCAGACUAACGAAGAACCAGCUGUUUAUGAGGUUUGUCCGUGAAAUAAUGUUUUUUUAUGGUAUCCAUGUUGUAAGAUACUCGGUAAUUAUUAACUUCACUUACAUUGGAUAGCUCUGAUAUUCUGCCACUGAUGUACUUUCCUGCACUUUUAGACGAUGUGUGAUUCUUCGUCAUUUGCAACAGAUCUGCUCAAUGAACUCGCGAGGGCUUUUACGGCCGCUGCAGACACCCGUUCGCAGGUAAUGUUAUACGAGUGCCUUAGGUCGAACGUUUGUGACGUCACAGUUUUUUAACCGCGCGUUUUUCGUGUAUUUUUUCUCCAAAUCUAGGACUGUUCAGCAUAUGCUAUUCAGGAAGUAUUACAGAUAUACGAAUGUUCAAAUAAAAUUCGUACAAGGUUCGUGGGUACCUUGGAAAUGGUACCAUGGAAAUGUCUAUUACUUUUUUAUCUCAAUUUUUAUAUCUUUUUAUAUUAACAUUACUCCCCUAAAUUUCUUUUUCUGCCAACUUAAACAUCUUCUGGACCCCGUGCUCCGCUAUUUUUUUGCAGUCCUAGCUAUAGUUUUACAGUCCUAGCUAUAGUUUUGCAGUCCUAGGUAUAGUUUUGCAGUAAGGUUAUCGAUUGUUUUUAAUGUUUCAGUCCCGGAUAUAAAAUUUGGCAGGAGUUUCCAGAUAAUAUAAAAGAGAUCCUGAAACCACAUCUUCAGUCUAAGUGAGUAUACAUGAGUUAUAGUCCAUAGUUUUACUGAGUGAGAUAAUGUACUACAUGGUGCUCAAUUCACCAACGUAUCCCAACUGAUGUGUCUUGUUAGAUAUCGUCUCUCAGCACAAUCUAAUCGUGGCAAACCCAAUAAACCUAUAUAUGGCAGUAGUACUGGUCAAAAUUUCAGUGACUGGAUUAGUGCGUGGACAUUAGAACUGGUCUCAAAGGUAUAUGCGGCUUACAGAUUUGUCAAAGAGGAUAGACUAAAUUCAACAUUAUUUUUUAUACUGGAUAGCUCUGUCAGUCUGAAUUAUUCUCCCUAGAGGUCCAGUAAGGAUCAUCUCUUAUUGAUCCAGUGUUACUACAGGAGGAAACCUAGAUUAAACUAAGUUUAUUUAUACUGGAUAGCUCUAUCAGUUCUAAACUGUUCUCCCUAGAGGUCCAGUAAGAGUCAUCUCUUACUGAUCCAGUGUUACUACAGGAAGAUAGCUCUAUCAGUUCUAAACUGUUCUUCUGUUCUGCUAAACUGUUCUAUCCUAAACUAAACUAUCCUGUAAAAUAUUUGUCAAUUAUACAGGUUAAAAAUCACAAGGCCUUACGAUUAUUCAAAGCUUGUUCUGCUGUGUUUAAGGUGAAGAUUUGUUCUUUUGUUGAUAGAUUCCAGCGGCACGUGCACAUUCUCCUCACCCACGUGAUUUUUUUCUCUAGCACAAUAUGAACACAGCAAUAUUUCUGUUACCUCACAUCAUGCUGUAUGUUGCUAUUGAUGGCACUUCUGAAGACCAUAAAGAGGUGAGAGAAGAAUAGAGUGCUAGUUCAACUUUCUUCUGGACGCCAUCUUAGACUUUGCACGGCCGCUUGAAAAGGACGGCUCUGAGACAGCCGAUUAUCAUGAGAUUGCACACAUGCGACUUUCAGAAGACUUCUAAAUAUCAGUAGAUCAGUAGCGUAGCCAUUUAAUUUCUAUUUAAUUUCUAAAGAAAUGAAUAAUGAUAAUAAUUUUGAAUUUGCAUAGCGGGGCUAAAUUGUCGGGCUGGCUACACUGCUGUAGAUUGUACACGGCUAAAAACGCACAGGUUGUUCCAAGUUGAUAUCGACAGGCGUGAACAAUGUUGUGCGGCCAACUAUGAACAAGUUGUCAACCAUGUUGUUCCAAGUUGUUACAGUCGAACAAUGCUGUAACAACAUGUUGACAAUUACUGUUCAUAGUGGGCCGCCCCACCAAGUUGUUGAUUUUCUCAAUUUUUACGCGUGUACUCUUCACUGGAUGGCUUCACACUCAAUACCUCUUUAUAUUUCAUAUUUUCUGCCAUUGUCUAAGAAAGUUUUGUUAUCCCCAUAAAUAAUUCAAAUUUCAAUCGCAUAGUUUAUUUGGAGUGUGAAUCACGCAAAGAGAUUUACUGCCACGUAAAUGUUAAGUUGUAAGCAAAAUCCAAAAUUCCAUAUCCCGGUUAAGACCCUGAUACCAUAGUAACCUUCAACGUCAGGCUUGCAUAUUCUGACCUUUUUGUUUUUAAAGGUUUACGACGAAAUCCUGGCUGUUUUAAAGCAUGUGGAAGAACGAAAUCCGGAGUAUAAUGUAACCAAUAAUUCCAUAGGUUUGUAAGGUUAAUUUUACUUAAUGAAGUAUUUACCUGUGCACUACACAGGAUAGCUUUAUCAAUUGUAAAUUGAGAUACAGUAAGUUUAAUCUCUUAAGGAUCAUCUGUAGUCCCAAAUGUUAAAGAUUUAUGUUUUGGCCCAUUCAGAAUCCUUAUUUUCACCAAAAUCUGUCUACACCAUGUCACAAUAUUUCUUUUCAGAUUUUAGUCACAUCAGUGCACAGACCAUUUUCUCUCUCCUCGACUGUCUGACUCGCUGGGCAAGACUUAAAGCAGACAGCAGCUCCAAGACUGUCACACGUUCAGAAAAGAAUGGGGCUUCCGGUAUGUUUGUGAACAAUAAAUUGCGAAUAAUUUAGCGUGUUUAGUCUUCACCAUUCUAGCAUCACCACCAUUACACAAUCAUCAUCACCAUUACCACAACCAUCACAUUACCACCACCAUCAUCAACACCAUCAUCACCACCAUCACCAUCAUUACCACCAUCAUUACCAUCACCAUCAUUACCACCAUCAUCAUCAUUACCAUCACCACCAUCACCACCAUCACCACCAUCACCACCAUCAUCACCACCAUCACCAUCAUUACCACAACCAUCAUUACCACCAUUACCAUCACACCGUUACCAGUACCACCCCCACCAUCAUCACAGCUUACUAGUACCAUCUUUCUUUCUGUCAACAAAAGGUGAUGGUGAUCUAACUAAGGUGGUACAAUUCCUCGACGGUAUCCCACAG